GUCACGUGUCGUCAGUCGUCGUUCCUUCUCUGACUGAGUAGCACCGGAGAUCACUAAUCAUCGUAUUUUUGUGGUGUUCGUAACUUCACAUAAAUUUCAUUGUGAUGCAGUAGCCCAAAGUCCAACCCAAAGCUUCUGCACACUAGCUUCAACCUUGUAUAAAUAUUGGCAAGCAUUUCUCGAGGUGCAGUGUAUGUUUAGAGCAUAUUAGCGUGUUCCUGGUUACAUCUCUCUUUCUCUCCGACGAGGCACACGGUUGUUUUCCCUAUAAUCGUGCUGCUCUCUAUUUCUGCCCCCAAGUGAAAAAGUGUACUUUGGGACUUCAACUUCACUGGAAGAUACAAAUAAGGCCACUGGAAAAUGAACGGAGUCGUGACUAUGCAACCGCCGCUAUUGCAGCAAAACAAUUCUGAGCCACCUGGAAAAAAGCCAAGACUAGAAGGAAAUGGCACGGAUUUCUUGCCAGGGCCGAUUUACGAUCUCAAUCAAACAGGCCAACUGGUUGCAGGACCCGGGGCCAAAUACUUGACUUUGCCUGGACUCCUGGGAUCGGGCCUACCAAAGAUUUCGUCCGACCAGCUGGAUACUAUCAACAGGGCCAAAAAGUAUGCUAUGGAACAGAGUAUAAAAAUGGUUUUGAUGAAGCAAACUCUCGCUCAUCAGCAACAGCAAAUGGCCAGUCAGAGGAAUCAGGUGCAAAGACAACAGGCUCUGGCUCUUAUGUGCAGGGUAUACGUAGGCAGCAUAAGUUUCGAGCUAAAGGAGGACACUAUCAGGCAAGCCUUUUUGCCGUUUGGCCCGAUUAAGUCCAUCAACAUGUCGUGGGAUCCAGUCACCCAGAAACACAAGGGUUUUGCCUUUGUAGAGUAUGAAAUUCCCGAGGCGGCCCAAUUGGCUCUUGAACAGAUGAAUGGAGUUAUGAUUGGGGGCCGCAAUAUCAAGGUGGUGGGUAGACCUUCGAACAUGCCACAGGCCCAAUCAGUCAUCGACGAAAUCACAGAGGAGAGCAAGCAUUACAAUCGCAUUUACAUAGCAUCCAUUCACCAAGAACUCUCCGAGGACGACAUAAAAUCGGUCUUUGAAGCCUUUGGACCCAUCACCUACUGCAAACUAGCACAGGGCAGCUCUCCCCACCGGCACAAGGGCUACGGCUUCAUCGAAUACGAGACAAUGCAAUCUGCCCUCGAAGCCAUAGCUUCGAUGAACUUGUUCGAUCUCGGUGGUCAAUAUCUGAGGGUAGGCCGAGCCAUCACACCACCCAAUGCACUCAUGGGUCCACCCAGUGGAGCUGGUAUGAUGCCCACAGCAGCAGCAGUCGCGGCGGCUGCGGCUACCGCCAAGAUCCAGGCGAUGGACGCAGUGGCCAGUAACGCGGUGGCGCUAGGUCUCUCGAAGCUUGGAGCAGCUGCUCAGCCAAUUCUGAACUCAGCCCUGCCGGGCAUAGUCCGACCCACUUUGGCUUCUACCGGUAUUUUGGCGGCGCCGGCCGUGGUCUCGGUAGCUCCCAUCAUUCCACCACCGGGUAUCGCCAUACCCCAGUCCACUGGCCGUCCACCCGCGAUAAUCCCAGCUAUUCCUGGACAAGCCGUCGUCAUACCACCGCCAGCUGUAGUCACGCCAACCGUCGUUGGUGCGCCGGUCGUAAUGCCAGUGGUGAACACAACGGUGAGUGUAGGCUCUCCUGGAAUAAACGUGGCUUCGCCGGCGAUGGCUGCGGCGGCGGCGGCGGCAGCGGCGGCUGCUGCAGCGGUGGGACCAGAGGCUCUGAGGCGAGCACAAGAGCAAGCAGCUCAAAAACAGCAGGAGGAGCUGCAAAAGAAGCUACUCGAGGAGGCUGAGCCUCAGACUCUUCAGCAGCAAGAGAACAUGUCUAUCAAGGGUCAGAGCGCGCGGCAUCUCGUCAUGCAAAAGCUCAUGCGCAAGGUCGAGUCACGCGUUGUUAUUUUGCGCAAUAUGGUAUCGCCCGAGGAUGUGGAUCAGACUCUACAGGAGGAAAUCCAGGACGAGUGUUCCAAGUAUGGUUCUGUACAGAAAGUGAUUAUUUACAACGAAAAACAGUCCGAGGAUGACGAGGAUGCCGAGGUGAUUGUCAAGAUUUUCGUUGAGUUCCGACAGAUGUCUGAAGCCGAGAAGGCGAGGGACGCGUUGAAUGGCCGUUACUUUGGCGGUCGGUUGGUCAAAGGUGAGCUAUAUCAUCAGGAGCUCUACAACAACAAUGAUUACUCGGGUUGAUGAGUUACCCUUGUCUUUGCAUCGACACCUGUUCAUAAAGCAGAGUCGCGCACGUUUUCUCCUAUGGAAGAAGGCGCGAACGCAGCAAACUCUCGUGCACGCUUGAGCCUUAAUUGAAUGAUCAAUUUUUUUUUUUUUUAUACGGAAAAAUCGUUUGAAUUUGGUUCUGCAGAACUGAGUGUGUUGGACGAUUUUUUUGGAAUUUUUCACAAAAUUCACCUGUGCAUAUAAAUUACCUUGUAAGCUAUAGUUUAUUUUAAGACAAUCAUAUUUCGUUUUAAACUUGUGUAUCGGUAAAUAAUGUGCUCUUUUACAACUGUAGAUCCAAAUCUCUGUCACUGUAAUUACUUGAUGAUCGUAUAAUCAUCAUGCCAUGGUACAUAUGAAUUAAUUUACAUACAUUAACCUGUUGAGGUCAGGGUGUGUUUUGCAGUUAUGUAGUUGUAUACAUUUUUUUCUGUUUAUUUUUGUGAUGAGCAAAAAUAAAGAGUUUUUUUUUCGUGUUUAUUGUGUGUAUGGAAUUUAUAUGACAAUGAAAAGUGACCAGUAGAGAUUGAACAAAAUAAUUAGAUGAGCUGAAUGUUGGUUCUUUCGAUUGACAGUAUGAAUGCGAUUAUAUUCAUUCAUUGGUGAUGAUGAACCUGUGUAUAGUAGUAUUUAAUUAUGAAAUAAAUAAUUUUGCAAUCGA